UAAAUCGAAACUCAAAUCCAAAAUAUUUGUUCAAGAAGGAUGGAUUACGUAGACAAGGCGAAGAAUUACGUAUCAGAGAAGGUGGCGGAGAUGGAGAAGCCAGAAGCAACGGUUAUGGAUGUGGAUGUGAAGAAUAUUAGCUUUGAUAGCAUUUCAUAUCAUGCUAAAGUUUCUGUUACGAAUCCUUACCAUGUUCCAAUUCCUAUCAUGGAGAUUGCUUAUGUUGUCAAAUGUGGGGGCAGCAUAGUAGCUACAGGUACAAUUCCAGACCCGGGAUCAUUGAAGGCGAAAAGCACAACCCUAGUAGACGUGCCAGCGAAGGUUCCACACAGCGCGAUAUUGAGCUUAGUGAGGGAUAUUGCAGCAGAUUGGGACAUAGAUUAUACACUUGAGUUGGGUUUCAUUAUUGACCUUCCUGUAUUUGGUAACUUCACCAUUCCCCUCACUUAUAGUGGCGAAUACAAGCUUCCUACAUUGUCUGAUUUAUGGCGGGGUGACGGAGAAGAAGAGAAAGAAAAGAAAGAAGAAAAAGAAGAGAAAGAGAAGAAAGAAGAGAAAGAGAAGUAA